CACAUUGGAUAACAUUUGCGCUCUGAGGUGACGCCUCCAAGCAGGAGUAAAGUUUUGCAUUUACCUUCUGAAGAGCCCAUCAUAGAAUAAUGUUAUCUUAUUGCUUCUUAACAUUAUAAAUUUUUGUGGGUUAGGGCCACACGAUGAUAAGAGAUUGAGUCUAAUUGCAUGCACAUGAACUCAAGGGCCGGGGCCAGGUUCCCCGGCCCGAAACAUACGAGUGUUAUAAUAACACUACGCUAAAUCCCUUAAUAUUUUCUUGAGUGAAUCAGUCACGGGUGCUGCAUCGGACCGGACCGGGCCACCCAUCACAGUAAGCUUGAGCACAUACGACAGCUGCAUCCCGAAGAGGGAAACUAGCGAUCAUGGACUGGGAGAAAAAAACCGCCGCUCGGCCACCCCUACGGGAGGCCGCGGCCGAUGUGUUCAACGACACGAAGACCCCCGGCCAGGCGCUGCUGACUGCGCUACAGGCGGCAGAGACGAUCCGUAAGGACCGCUACAGCAGCACAGUGGCCGCCAAGAUGAAGGCAGCGCGGGAGUACCUCCCCGCCCUCGAGCCCCGACACCCGCCCAAGUCGGACGCGACCAUCUUUGGAAAGGCCAGAGCGGAGGUGGCGUCGCUGCUGCCUAACGGCGGCGUCGCGGCGGCGACGGCACCGUACCUUCCCGGCAGCCUCCGCAGCGGCAAAGUCUCCCUGGAGCAUGUUACGUCAAUGAUGGAGGGGCAGAUGGAGAGACAUAAUGAGGCGUGGGAGGCGUUUGUCCGCGCCCGUGAGGAGGCUCGUGCGGACCUGGAGGAGGCUGUUGCGGCUGCUGCUGCCUCCUUCCAGCAGCGGCUGGCGGGUGACGACGCGGGAAUUGCCGAGGACAUGUCGGCACUGGAUGAUGACCGGGUGAUGAGGCUGACGGGGCAGGAGCUGUACCAGGUGUGGGACUGUGUGGCGCAGCGUAUUCCGCAGCGGGCGAGGUGGAUUGAGGAGUGCUCGGCGGCGCUGGAGGCGGCUGAGGAGCGGCGCAGGGAGGCGGUGGAGUCCGCGCUGGUGUCCCUGUGCGCGGGUCUGAAUGACGCCGCGGUGGUCAGCGAGGGAGAGGUGGAGAGGCUGGUGGAGAAGGAGGCCAUGGCGCUGAAUGUGGCCAUACUGGAAAACAGACGCGCCUACGCGGAUCUGAUCACCCGGCUCCAGGUAACCGAGGUGGAGGCGGAGCGCACCCGGCGGGCCGCCUGGCAGGACGGGCUCAGGAGGUGGCGGGUGCUCAGGACGCAACACGCCAUCAGAACCUUUGUGGAGCGAAUCAGGAGCACUGAGUUUUCUGAGCCCGCGGAGCGCCUGGCGGCCUUUGCCGCGCUACGUGAGCGGCAGUCCCAGGCGCUGUCGGCGCUGACAGCCCACUGGGGCCGCGCGGGGUCGGUCAGUCCGCCGCACCUGUCCUCGAAGAAGGUGGCCAACUGGAAGGCGGAGGUGGCGGCGUUGGAGGAGGCGUGGGCCAAGGAACGGCAGCAGCAUUUGGGGGAGAUGCGCUCCUCCGAAGACGCUCUGUGUGCGCGAGUGGCCGAUCUUGUGGCGGCGUUGCGGGCUGAGGUGGAGGGCUACCAGGGCUACCCCCCCGACCAGCUAGAUGAGCUGGUGCGGGAGCAGGCGGGGCUGGCGACGGAGGAGCGCAGGCAGGCGGCCUUGGGGCUGCUGGCGCAGACGGAGGCUUUCCUGGAGCAGCAGGCCGCCCGGUGGGCGGCCGUCAGCGCCGCGCUGGGGGGCUGGCUGGGGAAGCUGUGUGCGAUGUACGACGGACACAGGGCCGUAACGGCUACCGACGAGGCCGAGGUCCGAGGCGCUCUGAAGCAGUACAGGGAGGCCUUCAAUGCCGCGGACGCGGCUCGCGAGGCGGCGCUCGAUGCCGCGGUGGCCGCAGUGACCCGUGGGUCGGGAGAGACCCAGUUGGAUGCCUGUGUGGCUGAGGCACUCAAGCGCCUGGACGACAUUGAGGCGGGGUACAGGAGCUUUCACCGGGAAAUGACCUCCCGUGCCCGCGCCUACCCCGGCGCCGUCCGGACCGCCAACGACGCCUACCACGUCAAUCUAUGCGCCGAGUUGGGGGUCCAGCCACAAAUUCGGUUGGCUGGAUCCGGAUCUAGCAGGAGUGCAGCUGCGCCGGGAGCGGCGGGGCCGGGGGCGGCGGUUGCAACGGCGGGGACGCCCCCGGCAGCGGAAGUCUCGUUGAACUCCUCUGUAAUCACGAAGAUCCUCGGCCACAUCAAGCUCCCUGACGGCCGCUCCUUUGCACUUAUCCAAGACAUGCUGCAACUACUGCUAGCACCAGCUCAGGAACAGGAACAACAACAAGAACAACAAGGGCAACAGGAGGAGGUAAAGCAGCAGCAGCAGACCGGGGACGGCGCUGCAUCACCAGCGGCAGCGGCAACGGCGGCGGUAUCAGCCGGUUCAGCGGCGGCGGCGGCAACGGAGCCCGCGAUAGUGGCUGCUGAGCAAUCGCCGCCGCCGGUGGCCAGUCCCGUCAGCAGCAGCGGUACGGCUUUGUGCCGUACGCUUGCGUUGCCAAACGACACGUUGCGUCGGGCGAUUGAGUCGAUUCAGGCGGGUCUCCUGUCCGACAUGAUGACCUUCAACCAGCGAACUCUGGAGGCAGCCGACUCCUGGGCGGCUGAGAGGGAGGUGGCGCUAACUCAGGAACUGGACAGCUGGCUGAGACAUCACCGGCCCCGUGCGGGUCGUAUCGAGGAGGAGGUCCGCACCGCUCGCAGUGUGGAGCUGGUGGCACAGAGGCGGCGGGUGGAGCUGCACCUCAAGGCACAGAGCAAGGCGGUCAAGGCGCAGGCGGCCGCGUUCGACGAGGGUCUCCGCGCUUUGGAGACCGAGGUCCGCAAGGGCGUGGCCCGGCUGCGAGCAACGGAGGACUUCCUUGGGCAGUGCCUGAGCAGCAAGUCCAUCGGGAUACGGCAGAGGGAGGCGGAGGCGCUGAGAGUGCGGCUGGACAAGGACCUAACUGCCAAACUAUCCGACCUGGCUGAGCGCACCAAGGCCGCCAUUUCCAAGAUCACGGACGCCAACCGCAAAUUCGAGACCGACGAGCUGCGCACUUUCGAAUCUGGCGGCAAGUACGCGGACGACAACGCGGCGGUCUAUCGGCGCAGUCUGGCCGCCAUUGACUCUCACCUGCAGCGGGCUGGGGCGGAGCAGAUGCAGCGGCUGGAGGCGGCCCGGGAGACUCUGUCAGGAGAGGCUAGUUCGGCGCUGGACCACGUCCUAUCGCUGGUUCCCAGUCACCUAGAGGACAUGCAGCUGAUUGAGCGGAUGGAUGCCUUGGUGCUUGGGGCCAGGAAGAAGGCGGCGGGGGAGCUGGACAGGAACAAGCUCGAACGUCUCGAGUCGCUGCUAGAUGGCCGUAAGGCCCCGACGGCUCGCAACGGGGGCACCAACGCCGCCGCCAACGGCGGUGGAGGCCGCCGGUCACCGUCCGCCUGCACCCGCCCCACGUCCAGAUCCGCCUCCCCGCAACCUGGUGUUGCACGGCGGUCGCCAUCGGCAUCCGCCGCCAGCGCCGGCCUGCCGUCGCAGGCGUCUCGGUCUUCCGUGGCCGCUGCUGGCGGCGGCGCCGCCUCCGCUGACGCUGCCGGCGAGAUCCCUGCUGCGCCCCUGGAUCGCUGCCGCGCAAUCUUGGAGUGCGCGGAUUCGUUACGUCAGGCUCUUCUCCGUCAGGCGAAGGUUCUGGACUUCCUCGCCUCCGCUGCCCUGACGACGCCGCCGGUGGAUCUGCGGCUUGAUGCCGCCGGUGUCGAUCCGCCGCCGCCGCCGCUGGGCACCGACGCCGACGCCGCCAGCCGCACGGCGUCGCCUGGGGGACGGCGUCCCAGUGCGCGUCCGGCGGGGACGGCAGCAGCCCCCAAGGGCGGCGCUGCCGCUGCCGCGGCUGCGGCGGCUGCCGCCGCGGCAAAGGACGCGGUGGUGAAGCUGGCGACGGAUGUAGAGGGGGUCAUCGACGCGUGUAAGAAGGAGACGGAGUCCGUGGCCAAGGCGUACUAUGCAGCCAAGGACAAGGCGCGCCCCAUCCGCUACCCCGCCCGCAUCCCUGGCACCGUGGAAGAGCUGCUUCGCGGUACGGAUGCCGUACUGGAGGGACUGCGUGAGCAGACGCUGUCGUACGUCACCGAGGCGGUCAAGGAGUUGCGCACGCAGGCCAUUCGCGCCUACCGUUCUAUGGAGCGCCUCCCCGCGGUGGCCCUGGCGCUGCUGGCGGAGCACGAAGUGGGUGCCGUAGACGAGGCACACCUGGGUAUGGUUUCGGAGCUGGAGACGCGGCGGGGCGCUCUGCUCAAGCUGGUGGAUGUGCACCGCAGCAGCCUGCACCCCACCAUGGUGAUGCCGGCAAGGCGUCCGGAGCUCGCGGCGAUCAAGAGCUCCGAAACCGACCGCGCUUCCGCUCACGCCUCCCUGCUCCUGGCGUACGGCACUCAAGCCGUGGAAAUGGCGCGCCGCCAGGCGCCCUCCCUGCAGCAGCGCCUCGUACGGCUGGCCACCCAGCUGGCGCAGCUUCUCGACAGCUUCCUCAUGCCACAGGAUCUGCCGCCGCCAGGUGACGGCGACGCUUGGGUGUACGACCUGCCGCACAAAGACUACAAGCAGCUGCUGCGGCUGGCGUUGGCCCAGGCGGAGGCUGAGACGGCGCCGCCGCCGCCGCCGCCGCCGGAGCCGAAGGGCAAGGCGGCCGCCAAGGGCGCUGCAGCGGCCAAGGCGCCGCCGGCGAAGGCGCCGGGCAAGGGCCAAGAGCCGCCGCCGCCACCGGUGCCAGAGAGGCCGUACGUGCCUGGCACUUGGACACUGCCGGGAGGAAACUUUGACUUGGUCAGCCUGGGUUGGCUGAACGAGGAGGGCAUGCCGCCGCACGGUCUGCCGCAAGUUUCGCCGCAGAUCCCGCCACCGGAAGGCCAGGCGCCGGUUCAGCAGCAGCAGCAACAACAGACACCGGCGACACCGCCGGCGGCAGCGGCCAAGGGCGGCAAGGCAGCGGCGGCAGCAGCUGCGAAGCGGCCCCCCUCGCCCACCAAAAUCGAGGUGGGAGUGGGUCGGACUCCUUUGGUUCUGGAGCCACCGCCUUUGUCGGCGCUGGACACGCCCUGUCACCGCAGUGUCGUACGAGCCUACCGUGCAGCCAUCCAGCGCGUGGAGGAGGCCCUUCGCACCAAAAUGUCAGGUCACCGGCUGCGAGUGGCUAGUUGGGCCAAGGACGAGGAGCUUUGGAGCCGGACAUGGGCUCAGUUGGUGGGCCGACUGGAGGGGCUGUGA